AUGAUGUACGGCACAAAUAGAGCAAGAAACCAAAAGGCCGAAACCAGCUACCGCGGGUACCAGCGUAGCAAUGCCGGCCCCCUAAACUACCAAACCAAAGUCCGCAUUACCGACCGCUACAAAGUGAUCGGCUUCAUCUCCUCCGGUACCUAUGGCCGGGUCUACAAAGCCACCGGCCGACAAGGCCAAACCGGGGAAUUCGCCAUCAAAAAGUUCAAGCCCGAUAAGGAAGGUGAAGCAGUGGUGAACUACACGGGCAUCUCGCAGUCGGCGGUGCGUGAGAUGGCGUUAUGCUCCGAGCUGCGAAACCACGCCAACGUUAUCCGGCUUAUCGAGAUCAUCCUCGAGGACAAGUGCAUCUUCAUGGUUUUCGAGUACGCAGAGCAUGAUUUGUUGCAGAUCAUCCACCAUCACACGCAAACACCACGACACCCGAUCGCGCCGGGGACGAUCAAGUCGAUAAUGUACCAGCUAUUGCAAGGGGUGCAAUACUUACACACCAACUGGGUAUUACAUCGAGACUUGAAGCCGGCCAACAUCAUGGUUACUUCAUCCGGAGAAGUGAAGAUUGGCGAUCUGGGACUGGCCAGGGUGUUCAAGCAGCCGAUUCACAACCUCUACAUGGGCGAUAAAGUCGUCGUGACUAUAUGGUAUCGCGCGCCCGAGCUGCUGUUGGGGAGUAAGCAUUACACGACGGCUAUUGACCUGUGGGCGGUAGGAUGCAUCUUUGCGGAGCUGCUGAGUCUUCGGCCGAUCUUUAAGGGGGAGGAGGCCAAGAUGGAUAGCAAGAAGACGGUGCCGUUCCAGAAGCAUCAGAUGCAGAAGAUUGUGGACGUGAUGGGCUUACCAACGAGAGAGCGAUGGCCCUUGUUGGCCAGCAUGCCCGAGUAUAGCCAGUUGUCCACUUUACAGCCGCCCUUGCUGUCGACCAACACCUCCCACUCCCACGGCGGUCACCACCCCUACGGCCAUCGCUCCCAGCAACAACCGCCCGCUUCGCAAAACACGCACGGAAACCUUCAGAAAUGGUACCACCAAACCACAGUCUCCACCCCUCUGACCUCGCUAGGCGCAGAAGGCUACAAACUCCUCGCUUCGCUCCUCGAAUACGACCCCGAGAAACGCUUGACGGCCGCCGACGCCCUCGUCCACCCCUUCUUCACCUCGCCCACCUCGACCCCGCUGGCUUCCCUCAAUAGCAAUACGGCCAAUAGCACCUCCCAGGGAACAGGAGCAGCAGCAGUCAACUGGUCACCAACCAACUGCUUCGAAGGACUCAAAAACGAAACGUACCCUUGUAGACGCGUGUCGCAGGACGACAACGAUAUCGGCUUCGGCACCGGAACAGGGAACCAGAGUGGGUCGCGGGUGAAUACCGCUGCGGCCGGGACGGGGACGGGGCUGGUGAUGGGUCAAGCGCAGUCGCAGGUUCAGGCCAUGGGCGGUUCGUUGGGGAAUAUCGGCGGACACGGGCACGGACACGGACAUGGACAGAUGGGCGGCGGCGGGAUGGGCCAAGGGAUGGGAGGACUGGGUCAAGGACAUGGGGGGAUGGCGCAAAUGGCGGGGAUGAAAAGGAUGCAUGAUGCUGCUGCUGCUGCUGCUGCGGCGGCGGCGGCGGCGGCGACGCAACAGAGUCAUCCGAAUAAGAGGAUGAAAGGGUCGCAGGGAUAG